AAAGUUGUUGUCUGCUUAUGUUUACGAGAACAUCGUAUCAUAAUUUAUAACUCAAAAGUUGAUGAGAAAGGGUGCAAAACUGGCAAACCGCAAAGUGCAAAUGUCUAAUUGUAAAUUGCAAUUAUUUGAUGCGUUCGAUAAUUACAUGGCACAGUUGGUUAUUAUAGAGGAUUUCAAAUAUAUCGGUCGUUUAGUUAAUGACUAUAAUUUCUGUGUUCUGAAGUGUAUGAUUAUCGCUAACAUUAUAAGAAAUUAAAAUUAUUGAACAUUUUUGUUCAUUGUUAUUGCCAUUAUGGUGAACAUUGACUAUGAAAACAUUAAAAAGUAUCCUACUGUGGAAUGUGCUCUUUGUGGAUUUUUGUUUCGUAAUAAAACAAGCCUAAAAAAUCAUCUUGAUUCUAUGCACAAUGGAAGUAAAACUAUAUCAGGUGUUAUAACAAAAAGACCUAGAAAAUGCACUGAUUUACAAUGUUUGGAAAAAGGAUGCAAAUGUAAAUUUUACAAUAAACAGCUCUUUAUUAGUCAUUUAAAAUUUGAUCAUUGUAUUGAUUUUGACAUACGCUGUCUGAAGUUCUCAUUAGAAGAUGAAUUUCUAACAUGGAAAGAAGACUUUGAACAAGAAAAUAAUAGUCGUUACGUCCGCGUUACUGGUUGCAAGACACUUCAGGAUGGUAAAAAACUUUCUUAUUACUACUGCAAUCGGUCUACAUAUUUUACUAGUAAGUCUAAGGGAGUGCGAAAGCGAAGUACUCCAGUUAAAGUAAAAGGAUUAUGUACAGCAUCUAUUAAAGAAGUCCAAAACAAAGAUGGCUCUGUUGAAAUAUUAUUGUGUGCUACUCACUAUGGUCAUGAUAUAUCAUCUGAACAUAUGAGAAUGACCAAACGUGAACGAGAAGAAAUUACUGAAUUAGUUCAACAAGGAGAUCAUCCAGACUUUGUCAUCAACGCUGCUCGUGCCAAGGCAUCAGAUUCGCUGGGACGUGUUCAUAUGUUAAAUAGAAAAGAUAUUAAGAAUAUUGAACGGAAAUUGGGAAUUCGGCAUCCAGAAUUUAUAAAACAAAGGACAAUUAAUGAUCUCAGCACAGAUAGGUGGAUUAUGAAAUUACAACGAACUCCUUACAAUCCUAUAUUGUUUUACAAGCCUAAUAAUGUAAAUUGUGAAAACUUUGAACCUAAUGAUGUUAUGUUAAUAUUUAUGACUCAAAAUCAGUACAAUUGGAUAAAUAAAUUUGGAACUGAUGGAAUAUUCAUGGUGACUGAAAUGAGUAUGGUUUGUGCUCGAUUGUAUUUGACUGUAUUGUAUGUGUGUGAUGAAUUCAAUGUGAUGCUUCCAGUAUGUUUCAUGAUGUGUAAUGAUAGUAAAAUUUAUCAAUCAUUUUUUUUAAAUACAAUUUUUAAUAAAAUGGGCUCUAUUUAUGCUAAAGCAUUAAUCACUGAUGACAACUAUGACUUAUAUGAAAGUUGGUGUUCAAUUAUGUCACCAGUUAAGCAUGUUAUUAACCAAAGAUAUAUUGAUAAUCAAAUAAUAGAAAAGCUUCAAACUGAUAUUGAAAAUCAAGAUUUACAACAUGAAAUUUAUGAUAAAAUAUGUUUAUUUUUUAAUGGAUCUGAUGAAAGUAUGAAAGAAGAAAUUAUAAGUUAUAUUAAUAAUAACUUAAAGAUGAACAAUGAAACAAAACCAUUUGGAAUAUUUUUUGAUCAGAUGUUUGCUAGUAGAGCAGAUAUGUGGGCUUUCUGUUAUUUAAAAGAAUCUCUUAACUUAAAUCAAAUGAUAAACAUUAACACAGUUUAUAAUCAAAUGAUAGUACUGUGUGAAAACAACAAAAAACAUUUUACUCCAAAUUUGUCUAAAAAUAUGCACAUUUUUUUUACAGCUCUCUUAGAAAUUCAGAAAAAUAGAAAAUCAAAAAUUGAAGAAAUCAAUAUUAAAAUUUCCAACAAUCACAAAAACGCCAUGUGUUAUCCAUCUAGACUUAUUUUCCCCCUCUCUGAUAACAAGUGGCGGGUUACACUAGAAGAUGGUACAAAUAAUGGUUAUGUAACAAUUACUCGAAAGUUUUGUAAAAUCAUUGAUUGCACGGUCAAGUGUCAAGCAUGUUAUAAUAUCUGUGCCCAUAUUUACGAAUGUUCAUGCACACAAGGAGAAAUAACUAUAUGUGAACAUGUACAUAUGUUAGGCAUUUUUAACAAAAGGUCAUUAAUUGAUAUGGAUGAACUGAAAGAAGAAAAACUGGAUGUUGAAGAUAUGAAAACAAACAUUUUGUUAAAAUUAAAACGAAUUCUUGGCAAAAUAGAUUUUGUCAAUGAUGAAGAAGUUCUUAGAAGAAUCAGUGAGUCAUUAAGUAAAGUAGAAAGUAUUAUUGAUAAAGUUAAAAAUGCAAAUGAUUGGUAUGGUGAUUAAUUACUAGAAAUUUCUCAGUAUUAUUAAGCAUUAUCAUUGAUUUUAUAAAUUAGGUAUUAUAAAACUAAUGAUAUUAAAGUGAUUAAGCUAAUAUUUCAUAGCUCUUCAUAGCUUUUAAAAUGUUAAGUGUUUCCUAUUUCCUUUGUGACUUAUAUCUCUAAAAUUUACUCUCUAAAAAUGACAUUAUUUUUUUGUGAACAACAUUAUAACAAUAUAGUUAAUAACUGUUGAGUUUUCUUAUAGCGUAGAUCUAGGAUUUCAAUAUGUAUGUAAGGACCAACUUUUAAUUAUAAAUUAUUCAUAACUAAACUAACUAUUAUGUAUUAUUUAAAUAAUCUCAUCUCAUCUCAUUAUUA